AUGGCGCCCGUGCAGCCACUGCCAGACGUCCCCUCCCUCUUCGCCCACAUCCGCCAGCCCGACCCGCCCCCAGUCGACCUCGCCCAGCCAGCUCCCCUCGCCCACGAGCGGGCCGCAGUGCGCUCCCUCGCCAGCACCGUCCAGCGCGGCCCAGCCUCGACCUUCCUGCACGACGUCGUCCUCACUCGGUCGCACACCCUCGCCGUCAAACACCGCAAGGCCCUCGACUCGAAGAAGAAGCGCACCCGGUCCUCCAACACGAGCGACGACGACGACGACGACGACCUCGUCCUUGCCGACAAGGGCUUUGUCCACAAGCGUCGCACCCGCAGCACCGACACGGACGACGACGCACCGACGACGGCCACCGCGACGAGCGGCGACCGGCGGGCAGCGUCGCGCAAGACGGCCGCCCUGCGCACGAGACGCAUCAAGGGCCAGCUCGUCAAGCCCGAGGUGCACCUCGACGACGUAGACCUCCCUCCUGGCUUUCCCUCGCACGACCUCCUCACGUCCCUCCACUCGCACGCCUCGCACCUCCUCACCUCGACCCACAACCUCGUCCCUCCCCCCUCCGCUUCGACCUCUCGCCUCCCGCCCGCCGCUCAGGCCCACUUUGACGCCCUCGAGCAGCGCGCCCAGGCGCAGGAGGCGCGCCUCGCUCGGUGGGGGACCGACGCCGAGCUCAAGGCGGUCAAGGCGACGAGGAUUCGGCGCAAAGGCGCCGGAACGAGGAGGGCGCUGUGGGCCGAUGCCGACAGGGCGUUCGAGGGGCCCGCGCUCGUCGCGCUCGGGAUGCUCGCCGAGCUGCUCGUGCAAGACGCCGCCGCCGCGCCGGGCGAACUCCCUCUCCCCCCUCCUCCUGCACCAGCUCUCUGA